AUGGCCAUCAAGCAGCUGGAGACGGUGCUGCGACUGCAGGCGACGGUGGUGGAGGGCUUCGGCCGCGGCGGUAAGCAGCUGGGCUGCCCCACGGCCAACCUCUCGAGCAAGGACCUGGGCGACCUGCUGGAGCAGCUUCCCUCGGGCAUCUACUGUGGCUGGGCCACGGUGGACGGGAAGGGCCCGUACAAGGCCGUCGCCAGCAUUGGCUGGAACCCCUACUUCAAGAACAAGGAGAAGACGGUGGAGCCCCACCUACUGCACAAGUUCGAGAAGGACUUCUACGGCGCGCAGCUCAAGUUCCUCAUCUCGGGCUACAUCCGGCCGGAGAUGAACUUCUCGUCGCUCGAGGCGCUGAUUAAGGCGAUCCAGGACGACAUCGCGCAGUCGGAGGAGUGGCUUGACACGACCGAGGGCAAGUCCUGGUCGCAGGACGCGCUGUUCCAGUAG